ACAACUUUGUGGUGUCUAAUGUAAAAAUAUAGGGGUUUUAUCGACUUUUGAACUGUAGGCAUAUUCAAUAAUCACCGUUUGAAUUGAUGACUUGAACUUAGCGUAGCCAUACAUGCAGACAACCCAUGCUCUGUGUGCUUUCUCUUUGUUAAAAUGACCCAGGGAUUUAGCUUCGGACAGACCACACAAUACUGUACUUUUGUCCGUUUUCUUUACUCAUUAAUUCGGUCGGACAAAACACCAUUGAUUCCUCCGGAUUUUUCCCUCUAGAAAUCUGCGCUUGCCAGUUCACCCGCUCGGCUGAUUACUGUUACGUCGCAAGGUCCGUUUUUGUCUGUGCAUUGCGACCCACAUUGGACUGGACUGCUGUAUCUCGAAAGUUGCUACUGAGGUCUACAACCUGAUAACUUUAUUCACCAUCACAGUGAAGAGAAAUAGCUUGAGAUGGGAUGCUUUGAGUGCUGCGUCAAAUGCCUGGGCGUCCUCCCGUAUGCCUCUCUCUUCGCGACCAUCCUUCUGUACGCUGGGGUGGCGCUGUUCUGCGGCUGCGGGCACGAGGCCCUCUCUGGCACCGUCACCAUCCUGCAGAACUACUUCGAGGUGGUCCGAGCAGAAACCCUGGACGUCUUAACCAUGAUUGAUAUCUUGAAGUAUGUCAUCUACGGCGUGGCGGCGGCAUUCUUCGUCUACGGCAUCCUGCUCAUGGUGGAGGGCUUCUUCACCACCGGCGCCAUCAGGGACCUGUACGGAGACUUCAAGAUCACCGCCUGCGGACGGUGCGUCUCCGCCUGGUUCAUUAUGUUGACCUAUAUCUUCUUCCUGGCCUGGUUGGGUGUGACAGCCUUCACCUCGCUGCCCGUCUUCAUGUACUUCAACAUCUGGACCAUCUGUCAGAACACCACUGUGGUGGAGGGCGCCAACCUCUGCCUGGACCUGCGCCAGUUUGGCAUGGUAACUAUCGGGGAGGAGAGGAAGGUGUGCACGGGCUCCGAGAAGUUCUUUAAGAUGUGUGAGUCUAACGAGCUGGACAUGACGUUCCACCUGUUCGUCUGUGCUCUGGCCGGGGCUGGGGCUGCAGUUAUCGCCAUGGUCCACUACCUAAUGGUACUGUCCGCUAACUGGGCCUACGUGAAGGACGCGUGCCGGAUGCAGAAGUACGAGGACAUCAAGUCCAAGGAGGAGCAGGAGCUCCACGACAUCCACUCCACCCGCUCUAAAGAGCGUCUCAAUGCCUACACCUAAAGCACACGCCGUCCCCCGUCCCCCCGUCCCGUCCCCCUAUCCUUCCCUCCCUCUCCAACACACACACACGUCCAUGACACACACGCAGCAGAACACACACACAGAAACCACACAAGCUAUUCAAUGUCUGGUGUUUAUGUUCGUAGGGGCACAAGUGUAAGGGGGGUUUGUGGUGUCGUGUUGUGGGUGGUUUCGACUUCACUAAGCUUACGGGUGUGACGAGACAAGUCGUUCCUACGGGAUAUCGUGUGUCUUCUCUGACGAACCCUUCUUUCCUGUAUUGAGAUUUCCUUUCUAUUUCUCCCGCUCUUACUCCUCCCUUUCCUCUACCCUUUCUUCUUCUUAUACCCUACCUUUUCCCUCUCUCUCCUCUUCUACCUCUUCCCCUCUUUUUUCCCAUUUGCAUUUUGUAUGUUAGUAGUAGCACAUCUUUUUACAAUGUGUCAUUGCUUUUUACCAUGUUGUUCUAUAUCUCGACGUCGAGUACUUCCAUUUAUUUAUGUUUGGUUUUAGGAGGGGUCGGGCUGGGGGGCUGUUGAGUUUUUAUCGCUUUUUAAUUCACAUUUCCGUGUAAUAUAUUUAUACGUUCCGAAACACUCGUCAUCCAACGGACCUCCAAUCAUACAUAGGUCUUAACAUCCAUUUUAUUUCAACAUAUCCACUUAACAAGACCAAAAUGUGACCAAACUUGUAUAAUUUACAGGUAAAUUACAGCAUAAUAAGCUUCCGAAACAGUAAGCAUCACCGGUAUAAAAACUAUGUACAGAAUCUUUUUUCAGAAAAUUCUUUAUUGGUUUGGGAGUGCCAGAGAUUUUCAAACAAAAAAAAAGUACCUUAAAGUGACUUUUUACAUAUUGCUAUAACUGUAGCUUGGCCUAACUGUCAGAAAUGUAUGCUAGCUUUGUUGAGUAGCCUAGUCAUUCAAAGUGAAGAACACUGAUUGUCUGUCAAUAAUAAUAGUGUUCUGAAACUGUGAAAAGAAAACAGUUGUUUGAGUGGCAAGUCAGCGGAGUGAUGAAGAUGAUGAUAUGUAGUAUAAGGAGGAAGAAGAAGAGGGUAGUGGGAAUGACAUGACGUAGAAAUACAUCUGAUAGAAUGGCCUUUCAGGAUUUCGCUGUGGGGGAAACUCUGUAGAAAACGACUUUUCUCAUCCAUCGCAAGCCAUAACUCACAUGCAAAUAACAUUUUACAGGUUUAAUUUUUAUAUGUUUUAAUCUUCAACUUUUUAAAUACAAGUUAUCAGAAGAAAAAAUAUGAGAUGUUUUUUUGGUCAGUAUUCUGCUCUAUAUAUAUAUCUACGGUAUAUAAAUAUAUACAUAUAUGUGAUACACUUCAAUUUCAGGUCAUUCAUUUCAUUGGUCAAAGUUUGGUGAUAUUCUUGUGAACGUCCAUUUCAGAGAUACCAGUGAAAUAAAUAUGGUAACCAAAUCUAGACGGCAAGCGGAUAAACAAGCUUUAGGCCUGAAACGGUCGUAUUGCUACACGUGGAAAAAGUUGAAUAUCACAUUGAGAGAUAACUUAACCGUCUGCAGGGUUGGGUUCAAUUGCAUUCAAGUCCAGUCAAUUCUGGAAAUAAACUGAAAUUCUUGCUGAAUUUACUGAAUUGAAAUAAAACUGACCCAAACCCUGACUGUCUGUGAAGCUAUACUAAAAAACAUGAAAUGUCAAUAAAACAAUUACAAUUAUAUUACUCUUGAGUAUGGACCAAACUCUGUCUUAACUCUUUCUACUACUCUAGUUUUGCAGUACAGCGUUUCAUCAUUCCGUUGCUAUCAAAAAAGAACAACUAUUUUUUUUGGUGCACUAAUUCAACCAUGGUGAGGUCUUUCUAGAUGUUACGUGCGUUUGGAUUUGAAGCUGAAUCUCUGUACUGUAGCCAUGCAACAUUUGGUUAUUAACCAAUAAAAAAAUGACUUGUAUUAUCUAGGUAAAAAGAACCGUGAAUCUAGUUGUUAUUUGUGGCAUGGUUAUGCAUUCAUUCAGUGGUAAUAGUUUUUAACUGAUUCAAAAAGUCAAAAUAUCAUCUCUCUUUAUAAUUUUCAUUUCUCAUUUUUACGCUUGGACUGUCUGAGUCAACUGAUUUCUUAUACGCUUCAGUAUUGCGGAUCCUACGCUAACAGUGUUAUGCUAAGUAAACAAAUAGCCUAUUAGGUUGUAGGGAAUGAUUUUGUUUCCCUUCCUCCUUUCGUUUGUCAUAUUCAUUUUUUGAAAACCAUGUCUUAUAAAACAGAUACUACUUGUUAUGAUGUUGCGUAUUCACUUCUUCAGUAUUAACCUGACAAUGCUUUCUGCUUUCUCCUCCCAUAUUAGUCUUUUGUACUUACACUAAGAAUGCUUUGUAGCAGGCUGUACGAUUCUUCAUAAUCUGUUUUGUACAUACAUGUGCCAACGGCUUAAACAGUGGCUUUUUUUUUUAUUGUAGGAACAAACUUGCUUGCGUUAAAUAAAAUACACUUGUGUACUUGUUAAUAAUUAAA